AUGGAAGCAGUAUCGUUUGAAGUGGACAACGACAUGUCCUAUGAGGACAAUGAGUCACCUCUACCAUCUCCAUUCACUUUGACGCCUGCGGGACACAAAGGCAGCUAUGAGGAAGAGGAGCAGCAUCAGACCUUCACCUUCUCUAGAGACGUAGAGGCUGCCCGAAAUACCAACACCAAUGCCAUCAAGAGAGGAGAUGCAGAGGCAUACGUUGAGCUAAAUGAGCUUCGUGGGGAUGUGUGGCAGGAAAUGGGACGCUGGCUGGGUUAUGAGGAGAACUUAAGCCCUGCCACAGGACAAUGGAGUCAGUCCCACAUUUCCUAUCUCACCUUCAAAAGCCUCAUUCAACUCCGCAAGGUCAUGACCACAGGUGCGGUGCUGCUAGAUGUUGAUGAGAGCAGCUUAUCAAGCAUUUGUCAGAAGAUGGUGGAACAGCUUCUGCUCAAAAAAGAGAUCCGGCCCACUGACCGUGACGCUCUUGUAGCUAUACUGCAACACAAGCGCAGGUUAGGCUCCUUGUUAUCUGUGUUGAUCCUUUUCUAUGUUUCAGCUGACAAAACAGAGCACAUGAUGGGGGUCUCUGAGCUGAUGGUCUCUACCUGCGUGCAGGGCAUAAUCUUUUGUCUGUUUGCAGCUCAACCGGUACUUAUCAUUGGGUUUACCGGUCCAUUGAUGGUGUUUGAGGAGGCAUUCUUUCAGUUCUGCAAGUCAAGUGGCUUUGAGUACAUCGUGGGCCGUGUCUGGGUGGGCAUGUGGUUGAUUGUCAUUGUGGUGGUGAUUGUGGCAGCGGAGGGGAGCUUCCUUGUCCGUUUCAUCUCACGCUUCACCCAAGAGAUCUUCUCCAUCUUGAUCUCUCUCAUUUUCAUCUAUGAGACCUUUGCCAAGCUUAUCAGGAUUUUCAAAGCGCAUCCUUUGGUUUUGAACUACCAACACUUGAAUGCUUCUUUGGAAGACCCUUUCCACCCUAUCAAAAAGCUUAUCAACAUCACACAGAAUCCUGAUGGCAAUAUUACUGAACAUCAUGAGAUAAUAGAGAGGGCCUAUCCCAACACUGCCCUGCUGUCCAUGUGCCUUAUGUUUGGCUGUUUCUUCAUUGCAUUGUAUCUCCGUGGGUUUAAAACUAGCACCUUCCUUCCCGGCCCUAUCCGUCGAAUGAUUGGAGAUUUUGGUGUCCCCAUCGCCAUCUUCUUCAUGAUUGCUGUGGAUAUCAGCAUCAGCGAUGCCUACACACAGAAACUGGUGGUGCCAAAGGGGCUGACCGUGUCCAAUACAUCUGCUAGAGGCUGGAUCAUCAGCCCAUUUGGUGAGAAGAAGCCAUUCCCUGUCUGGAUGAUGUUUGCCUGUGCUAUUCCUGCCUUGUUGGUCUUCAUCCUUAUUUUCCUUGAGUCCCAGAUCACUACGCUGAUCGUGAGUAAGCCUGAGAGAAAAAUGGUCAAGGGCUCUGGUUUCCAUCUGGACCUACUCCUUUUGGUGUUCUUGGGAGGAGCUGCCUCUAUCUUUGGUGCCCCCUGGCUCAGUGCUGCUACAGUGAGAUCUGUCACACAUGCCAACGCCCUGACUGUCAUGACCAAAGGCCCCAGACCUCAGAUUGAACGUGUGAUAGAACAAAGAGUCAGUGGUAUUUUGGUGGCCGUGAUGGCUGGGGUCUCAAUUCUCAUGGAGCCCAUCCUGAAGAUGAUACCUAUGACAGCUCUGUUUGGGAUCUUUCUCUAUAUGGGUAUCACUUCACUGAGUGGCAUCCAGCUUUGGGACCGUAUGCUUCUGCUUAUUACACCGAAAAAGCAUCACCCACCUGUUCCAUUUGUCACCCGGCUGGGCCUGCUUUUCUGA